GUGAUGGAAAUUAAAGGACAAAUGAUUCACGUGCCAGAAUCAAAUUCAAUUUUGUUUCUGGGUUCCCCCUGUGUGGACAAGCUGGAUGAACUGAUGGGCCGAGGCCUCCAUCUUUCGGACAUACCUAUCCAUGAUGCUACUCGCGAUGUCAUAUUGGUUGGGGAGCAAGCAAAGGCUCAGGAUGGCUUGAAAAAACGAAUGGAUAAGCUGAAGGCAACACUAGAAUGCACACACCAAGCCCUGGAAGAGGAGAAGAAGAAAACAGUAGAUCUCCUUAUUUCUAUUUUCCCAGAAGAAGUGGCUCAGCAGCUGUGGCAGGGGCAGCAGGUUCAGGCCAGGAAGUUUGAUGAUGUUACCAUGCUCUUCUCAGACAUUGUUGGCUUCACUGCCAUCUGUGCGCAGUGCACACCCAUGCAGGUCAUCAGCAUGUUGAAUGAACUCUACACACGGUUUGACCAUCAGUGUGGAUUCCUGGACAUCUACAAGGUGGAAACAAUAGGUGAUGCGUACUGUGUUGCAGCAGGGCUCCAUAAGAAAAGCCUUAGUCACGCUAAAGCCAUUGCCCUCAUGGCACUGAAGAUGAUGGAGCUUUCAGAAGAGGUUCUUACUCCGGAUGGGAGCCCUAUUAAGAUGAGGAUAGGCAUUCACUCAGGAUCAGUGCUGGCUGGUGUUGUUGGUGUAAGAAUGCCACGUUACUGUCUUUUUGGGAACAACGUCACCCUUGCAAGCAAGUUUGAGUCAGGAAGUCAUCCACGCCGCAUCAAUGUCAGUCCAACAACAUACCAGCUUUUGAAAAAGGAAGACAAUUUUAUUUUCAUCCCUCGUUCCCGUGAAGAGCUUCCAGAAAACUUUCCAAAGGAAAUUCCUGGGAUCUGUUACUUCCUCGAGGUCAGAAGUGGUCAGAAGCCGCCAAAACCCUCCAUCUCAUCUGCCAGAAUGAGAAAGGUUUCUUACAACAUUGGCACCAUGUUCCUCCGGGAGACUAGCCUAUGAGGCCUGCUGCAGAUCAAAGACUUGUCAAAAAAGCACAAGCCCAGAACUGGGUCAUGAUAGGGGAGUUGGAGGUUCUUUCUGUUUCACUGCUGUGUUCUGAACAAGCAGUGAAAGCUCCAUGUAAUGUCAGGCAAUAAUCAUUUAAAAGGUGGGUGAUCGCUGUCAGUAAACACAGUGGAGAUAGGAAAAAAAAGAUUAAACAAUGUACUUCCACUUCCAGAAGAAUUUCUUUCAUAAACUUCAGUCUGGCCCCUCUAUGGCAAAUGAUAAACAAAACAAAACAAAACAAAGCAAAGAAAAAUCCCAACUCUCAAAUUAGAGGUUGGUUUUGUUUUGUGCAGAAAGGAUGAUGGUUCUCUGUAGAUUUGCACCAGCUAAGCAGAAUUGAGAGUCAGUUCUGAUUAUGCAUUCCUAUGUUUAAUGUGUUCUUCAGUAAGGUAAUGAUGUUUUUUAACUUUAUGAACAAACAUUUCAUACAUAUACUGUAGACCUGUUGUAACCUUCCUGUCAGGAGGAAUUAUAAUUCAAUACAAAUAUUGUAGUAAUUUUACCUAUUUUUAUACACAUUUCACUUUCUGGAUAAUUACAUUCCACAUACUGUAAGCUGAGUGAGCUUAGAUAGCUUUUCCGAAGAAGCUACUGUAUAUUUCAUAUAUUCUACCUAUCAAACCUUAUUGUUAUACAAGUGGGAAAAGUCAUUUUUUGACUUUUUUGGCAA